UUCCAUAAAAUGACAUUUCAUUCAGGAACUGAACGGGAUGUAGGAAACAUGUUCUGUCAAGUCGCAGAUGUCAUUGGCAGGGUUACAUCCAUUUGCAAGAGGAGGACCCGGAGGCGAGUGUUCCCCUUGUUUGUAGCCGUGAACGUCGUGGUGCCACUCUACCUGUACCUUGUCGGGUUCCCAUCUCCAGUCCCAGGCCUACAGAACCACGGUACACGCCACCUUGGCAGGGUCCUCGGGGAUAGACAUGACAAGCCAAAGGCCAUCGACACUGUCUCCAGUGAAAUCCUUCCACUCAAACAUCCCGCUUUUGAACAGAUACCUGGAUUGUUCAACUAUUCUCUUUUAAAGGAAGGGGAAGAGAGGCAUCUUCUUGUAAAUCUGCAUCAAUAUCAGUUUACCUUGAACUCUGACCUCUGUCAGAUAGGUAACGUGUAUCUACUAACGAUUGUUCACUCGGCCUUGGAUCAUAUCAAUUAUCGACGUCGAAUCCGAGAAACCUUUGGAAGCGAUCGUAAAGCGUGGAAUAAAACAGUCGUCCUUGUUUUUACCGUCGGCGUUUCAAAUAAUGAAACACUUCAAACCAGUGUCGUAAGAGAAGCUAAUGAAUUUAAAGACGUAAUUCAAGGGAAUUUCAUUGAUGUGUAUAGAAAUCUGAGUAUAAAACACAUAAUGGGUUAUCACUGGAUGCUGAACCAUUGUCCUGAAGCAGCCUUUGUGUUGAAGAUGGAUGAUGACAUGUUUAUGAACCCAUAUGUGAUUGUCAAGUAUCUCACUCAGCUGAAGGAACCUACUAAUCAGCUCCUAGGCUCAAUAGCUCACAGGUAUGCGCCAUGGAGGGAAACUAAACUGAAAUGGUACGUUUCAACAGCCCAAUAUCCGUUUAAAACAUGGCCCAAUUUUUGUCGAGGACUUGCUUAUAUUGUGUCCAAAGACGUUUUGCUCAAGCUUUACCAUGCGUCCUCAGUGACGCGCUUUAUCCCUAUGGAUGAUGUAUUUGUCACGGGUGUUAUAAGAUCUAAUUUAGGCAUUAACGCUACAGAUUAUGGGGACCUGAGAUACAGUUGUACGACAAGAGUGUCUGUGUCGAGAUUUCUCAGCGCUGGAGUGAUGUUCACAUUUGAUUCGUGUCUAAAGCUGACGUUCAAGAAUGUGACCGCAAUGAAAAUGUACAGCAACGGUACAUACCAUUUGUCAAUGUCGGACAAAAGUAUAUUUAUUUCAUAAGUAUAUUAACGAAAUGACUGCUAUCGAUGUCUGUUGACCUAUAUAAAUAUCUACUAGACAAUCAUGUUUAUCGGUCAGUGGACGUUACUUGUGACUUUGGUUUUGAAAGAUAAGGAAGACUGCAUUACAAUGCUGCAUGGUAUUAAGCAUUUCCAUGUGAUCCUUCGUGUUUGGAAUCAGGUUUGGAAACUUCUUUGAGUGGCACUCAAGUUGGAAGUUGGAAAGUACAAUA